AUGAUCAAGGCAGAAGAAGAGGAGUUUAAGAAGGGAGAGGAGCAGGUCAAGGAGGGAGAGGAGCAGGUCAAAGAGGGAGAGGAGCAGGUCAAAGAGGGAGAGGAGCAGGCCAAGAAGGGAGAGGAGCAGGCCAAGAAGGGAGAGGAGCAGGUCAAGGAGGGAGAGGAGCAGGUCAAAGAGGGAGAGGAGCAGGCCAAGAAGGGAGAGGAGCAGGCCAAGGAGGGAGAGGAGCAGGUCAAAGAGGGAGAGGAGCAGGCCAAGAAGGGAGAGGAGCAGGCCAAGAAGGGAGAGGAGCAGGCCAAGGAGGGAGAGGAGCAGGUCAAAGAGGGAGAGGAGCAGGCCAAGAAGGGAGAGGAGCAGGCCAAGGAGGGUGAGGAGCAGGUCAAAGAGGGAGAGGAGCAGGCCAAGAAGGGAGAGGAGCAGGCCAAGGAGGGAGAGGAGCAGGUCAAAGAGGGAGAGGAGCAGGCCAAGAAGGGAGAGGAGCAGGCCAAGGAGGGAGAGGAGCAGGUCAAAGAGGGAGAGGAGCAGGCCAAGAAGGGAGAGGAGCAGGCCAAGAGGGAGAGGAGCAGGCAAGAGGGAGAGGAGCAGGUCAAAGAGGGAGAGGAGCAGGCCAAGAAGGGAGAGGAGCAGGCCAAGGAGGGAGAGGAGCAGGUCAAAGAGGGAGAGGAGCAGGCCAAGAAGGGAGAGGAGCAGGCCAAGAAGGGUGAGGAGCAGGUCAAAGAGGGAGAGGAGCAGGCCAAGAAGGGAGAGGAGGAGCAGGUCAAAGAGGGAGAGGAGCAGGCCAAGAAGGGAGAGGAGCAGGCCAAGGAGGGAGAGGAGCAGGUCAAAGAGGGAGAGGAGCAGGCCAAGAAGGGAGAGGAGCAGGGAGGAGAGGAGCAGGUCAAAGAGGGAGAGGAGCAGGCCAAGAAGGGAGAGGAGCAGGCCAAGAGGGAGAGGAGCAGGUCAAAGAGGGAGAGGAGCAGGCAAGAGGGAGAGGAGCAGGCCAAGAAGGGAGAGGAGCAGGCCAAGAAGGGUGAGGAGCAGGUCAAAGAGGGAGAGGAGCAGGCCAAGAAGGGAGAGGAGCAGGCCAAGGAGGGAGAGGAGCAGGUCAAGGAGGGAGAGGAGCAGACCAAGAAGGGAGAGGAGCAGGCCAAGGAGGGAGAGGAGCAGGCCAAGGAGGGAGAGGAGCAGGUCAAAGAGGGAGAGGAGCAGGCCAAGAAGGGAGAGGAGCAGGCCAAGAAGGGUGAGGAGCAGGUCAAAGAGGGAGAGGAGCAGGCCAAGAAGGGAGAGGAGCAGGCCAAGGAGGGAGAGGAGCAGGCCAAGGAGGGAGAGGAGCAGACCAAGGAGGGAGAGGAACAGACCAAGGAGGGAGAGGAGCAGGUCAAAGAGGGAGAGGAGCAGGCCAAGAAGGGAGAGGAGCAGGCCAAGGAGGGAGAGGAGCAGGUCAAGGAGGGAGAGGAGCAGACCAAGAAGGGAGAGGAGCAGGCCAAGGAGGGAGAGGAGCAGGUCAAAGAGGGAGAGGAGCAGGCCAAGAAGGGAGAGGAGCAGGCCGAGAAGGGUGAGGAGCAGGUCAAAGAGGGAGAGGAGCAGGCCAAGAAGGGAGAGGAGCAGGCCAAGGAGGGAGAGGAGCAGGCCAAGGAGGGAGAGGAGCAGACCAAGGAGGGAGAGGAACAGACCAAGGAGGGAGAGGAACGGGUCAAAGAGAGGAACAGACCAAGGAGGGAGAGGAACAGUCACGCGCGCUCCCGUGAGAGGGGGGGGGGGGGGGGCACUCCCUCCAAAUAG